UCUAGGCUCCAGACAGGUAUGCGUGGUGCCUUUGGGAAGCCCCAGGGCACAGUAGCCAGGGUUCACAUUGGCCAAGUCAUCAUGUCUAUCCGAACCAAGCUGCAGAAUAAGGAACAUGUGAUUGAGGCUCUGCGCAGGGCCAAGUUCAAGUUCCCUGGCUGCCAGAAGAUCCACAUCUCAAAGAAAUGGGGUUUCACCAAGUUCAAUGCAGAUGAAUUUGAAGACAUGGUUGCUGAGAAGCGGCUCAUUCCUGAUGGCUGUGGUGUCAAAUAUAUCCCCAAUCGUGGUCCUCCUGACAAGUGGAGAGCCCUGCAUUCCAGAAGGCUUCCACAGUGCUCUCCUAUACCCUAUCAAAUCAUGUUCAAUAAUAAAUCUCACAUCAAAUCUGAAAAAAAAAGUCAUCACAGUAGCAAAAUUAUGCUUCUGAUGUAGCAGUGAAACAGUUUUGUGGUUGCAGCUCACCACAGCAUACAUAAAGAAUUGUUAAACUUAAGAAGACUAUACAUGGAAUGAGGCCUGAGAGAAAGAUAAGUCAGUGACGGUCUACAACACUAGCACCAUGCCCAGGAUUCUAUCGCCAACAACAGCUCCUGAGAAGGUUUAAGGCUGUGUUACUUAGCAUUGAAAGAAAACUCCCUUUGCUUUGUAUGAGCUGUGCUUUCAUUUCUAUAUUACUACAGCACCCAGAACAAAGCAGGAAAUGUAUUUGGAGAAGUGAUGAGCUUCUCCAUUAGAUGCUAGGCUUAUGGAUUCACACGAGGGUUAGAAAUAGAUACAUCUCACCCGUCAGAGUUUGUGUUGAUAUGCAAUGUAAGCUAUCAAAUUGCUAAACACCUAAGAGCUGCAAACAGAGAAAUAGCUGAACAAAUUAUGGUACAUUUUCUGAUGUUCUGUGUCUCUCAGUUUUAGAGGGUAACUUAUCUAUAUAAACUGGCAUGCACACACUGUUAUUAUAUGACAUAUAAUACUGUUGUAUGUUAUUUGAAAAACAAAAUUGUUCAAUCUUACUAUUCAACUUCCCCAUUUAAAGAGAAGUUUAAAAAAUUUAAAUUAUUUAACAGUAAUUUCACAAAAUUAAGGAAUUUAAUUAUAUGGAAAGAACAUGCAUAUCUAUUUUAUACUUGUAUUUAUUGGCUAUUAUCCAUCAUUUUUAUGAGAAUUAAUAUGUGUUUUGGAAUGUAUUUGUAUAUAAUUAAAAUACUCACAGACUAUAAAAUAGAACAAUUCUUUUUAUAGCAUGGUUAAUUGAACUAAUGAAAAUAGUGUCCAUUAUAGUUAAAAAUCCAGGAUUAAUAUGAAAUAUUUUUGGUUUCAAAUUCAAAACAAAGAAAGAGAAUUGAAAACUCAUUGAUGCACCAAAGAAUAAGAAGUAGAGAAGCAUACAGGAGUUAGAGAAGCAUACAGGAGGUAGAGACGCAUACAGGAGGUAGAGAAGCAUACAGGGAAACUGGAGAACAAGCAGGUGAACAGUGUUGAAUUUUAACCAAGCGAUGACUCAGAAAGAGACCUCCAAAGUGAGUAUGAGGGAACUUCUUUCUAAUCAUCCUUAUUGCAGCAUACCUUGUUCAAAUGACAUUUGCAAAAUUUACCAUCAUAUUUCAAUACAUUUUAAAAAGUUAAUGUUCACGCAGCAUUUGUAUAAUCAGAGCAGAAACUGUGUUCAUUUACCAGAAUCAAUUUUGGUGUCCUUCUCUAGUCCAUCUCCUCCCACAAGGCCUCAUUCAGGGGAACCCCUAAUACCUGUGCUCUGAAUUCUCCAGACUUCCAUGUGCAUGGGGCACACGUUAAGUAAAUUUUUGAGUCUGCUUUAUGUCCUUUAACAUAGUGAAUUUUGAUGCAUUUUUUCUUUCACAUCAGUAAAUUCUUUUCCUUUUCACCUGUAUGAUUAUAUAGCAUUUCAUUAUAUUGGUGUUUUACAAUGAGUAUCAUUAUUAGCCAAGUCAUGGACAAUAUUAUUAAUUUUAUUUUUGAGCUUGAAUACCAAUCUACAUUUUGCAUACGACUACAUUUUCCUGUAUAUCAGUACACUUCUGAUAUUGGAAUAGCAUGAUCUAAGGUAGUAAGCACAUGACAGAGUUUGUAAGAUACAACUUGAUUCUAUUUUCCUGAGGGCUCUAGCUAAUUUACAUUCACAUAAGGAAAGUAGAGAGGACGGCUUUCUUCUGAUUGUACGUAUUUUACCUUAAUGUUUACCUUACUUUGAGACGCCAAUAGAAAAGAUAGCGCGAGUGUGUUUAAUUUGCAUUCCUUUAAUGAUUAAUGAUGCUGAUUAUCUUAUUAUUUUCCUUGUUUCCUGAUGGUUUCUCUUGCAACAUUUGCAUUUGCUGAAAACUUUAAUUUCCUUAGAUUACAGAAGUUCUGCAUUUUGUCUGUUUACAGGUCCCUUGGCACAUAUGCAAUUAUAAAUAUUUUUCUCAUUCCAGUGGCUGUAGAAUUUAAUUUUCGUUUUUAAUACUUGUUAAGAGGAAGAGUCCUUAAAUUUUAGAAAGUUUAAUUUGGGGAUCCAGGGAGAUGCCUCGGCAGGUAAGAGAAAUUGUUGCUCUUGCAGAAGACCUUGGACAUCCCAGCACAACAGUGGCUCACACCCACCCAUUACACCAGAUCUAGAAGAUCAGACACUUGCUUUCUAAUACUGCUGCCACUAGCAAUGAAAGAAAUAUAUUCAGGAAAAAAGCAGCAUGCGCAUAAAACAAAGUAAAUACCUCUUUAAAAUGUUGAUGUUGAAGUCAAGGCUUGUGCUUGUGUCCACAUGAAUGCCCACUUCUAGCAUCUUUUGAUGUAACAAUUCUUCUGUCCUCACUGUACAACUAUCGUUAGAAUACACCACGGAACUAUGCUUGCAUCUGCACUUUCACUAUAUGCCUCUCCUCAUAAUGCCACCACCCUAUACCAAUUACAACCAUGUAGCUUUUUUUUUAUAACCAUCUCUUAAAAUCUAAUGGUGUAAGCGCUCAACCUUUGUUCUUCUUAAUAUUUGUUUCCAUAAUCUCAAGUCAUUGCAUUUCCACAUAAGUUUUAAUGUCAGUUCCUGAAAUUCUAUAAAUUUUCUUGCUAUGAUUAAAUUAACUAAUUGUACUGAAUAAACUCAUUAAUUUAAACAUGCCCCCAGAACCUCAUUUGAAUUAGAAAUUUGUAUAUUUUAUGAAUUUUUAAGUAGACAUACUCAUAUAUAUGACAGUUUUUCUCAUAAACGCUAAUGCUGCACACGUUUGCCUCUAACUUCCCUAUAAGCUCACUGCGCUCGUGGCACAAAGUAGAACAGAAAUAGUGAGAAGAAUGGUCUCUUCUUGUCUAUUAAAUUUACAAAAGUGAGUUUUCUGCUUGCUUCUUUCUUUUGCUUUGUUUUCUUUACAGUAAGUUUUGUGAGCAGAGAAUGUCCCCUGUUUUUACUGUUUGCCAAGGUGUUUAUAAUCUGUAGUGUAGAAUGUGGGAAGGUAUAUAUCUGCACCUCUUAAAAUAACAAAGAAUCUUUGUGUUGAGAGCUUAUGACAUAGCUCUGUAGGUAAAGACAUUUGAAGCUAAGCCUGACAACAGUAUGUCACAUGAACAUUCUAUAAAUAAUUUCAACCUACAAGGCUUUGACUUCAUUUUCUAACAGUUCUUAUUUAGGUUUUAUUCAUAUUCAUAACUUAAUGUUGAAAUCCAUCUAGACUUAAGGGGAAUGAGGAAAAUAUAGAACCCAAGGAACUUCAAUGAGAGCAGAGAGUACAGGGUAUUGCAAACAUAUGGGAUGGAGGUGCUCUUCUGAGCUACACACACCCCACUCUCAUCAACGGACAGAUCAUGGAAACAGACACAGAAAACUAACAGAAGUUAUGAAGCAAAUGGAUUUAACAGAUAUCUAUAGAACAUUUCAUCCUAAAACAAGAGAAUAUGCCUUCUAAAUACUUCAUGGUACCUUCUCCAAAAUUGACCAUAUAAUUAGUCACAAAGCAGGCCUUAAUAGAUACAAGAAGAUUGAAAUAAUCCCAUGCAUCCUAUCAGAUCACCAUGUACUAAGGAUGGUCUUCAAUAACAACAAAACAACAGAAGGCCCACAUAUACGUGGAUGCUGAAAAACACUCUACUCAAUGAUAACUUGGUUAAGGAAGAAAUAAAGAAAGAAAUUAAAACUUUUUAGAAUUUAGUGAAAAUGAAGGCACAACAUACCCAACUUUAUGGGACACAAUGAAAGCAGGGCUAAGAAGAAAACUCAUAGCUCUGAAUGUCUUCAAAAAGAAACUGGUGGGGGUUGGGAUUUAGCUCAGUGGUAGAGCACUUGCCUAGCAAGCACAAGGCACUGGGUUCGGUCCUCAGCUCCGGAAAAAAAAAAAAAAAAGAAAAAGAAA